AUGGCGGCAGCGAGCCCCUCCCCGAGUCCCUCUUCUGGCUCCUCGUCACCGGUGAGAUCCCCACCAAAGAGCAGGUCAAGGGUCUUUCGGCCGAGUGGGCUGCCCGUGCCACCCUCCCCAGCUUCGUUGAGGACCUCCUCGACCGCUGCCCCAACACCCUCCACCCCAUGUCCCAGUUCUCCCUCGCCGUCACUGCUCUCCAGCACGAGUCUCAGUUCGCGAAGGCCUACCAGAAGGGCGUCAGCAAGUUGGAGUACUGGGACACCACCUUCGAGGAUUCCAUGGACCUCAUCGCCAAGCUCCCCAACAUUGCUGGACGCAUCUACCAGAACGUCUUCAGAAAUGGCGCCAAGGUCGCCCCCAUCGACGCCAACAAGGAUUUCGGUGCCAACCUCGCCAGCCUCCUCGGAUUCGGCGACAACAAGGAAUUUGUUGAGUUGAUGCGCCUCUACCUCACCAUCCACUCUGAUCACGAGGGUGGUAACGUCUCAGCCCACACCACCCACUUGGUCGGCUCAGCUCUCUCUGACCCCUACCUCUCCUUCGCGGCCGGUUUGAACGGUCUUGCUGGUCCCCUUCACGGACUCGCCAACCAGGAGGUUCUCCGCUGGAUCACCAAGAUGCGCGAGGAGCUCGGUGGCAAGGACGUCUCGGACGAGACCAUCAAGGAGUACGUCUGGAAGACCCUCAAGUCUGGCCAGGUCGUCCCCGGUUACGGCCACGCUGUUCUCCGCAAGACCGAUCCCCGCUACACCUGCCAGCGUGAGUUUGCCUUGAAGCACAUCCCCAACGACCCUCUGUUCAAGCUCGUCUCCCAGAUUUACACCGUUGCCCCCGGCAUCUUGCUCGAGCACGGCAAGACCAAGAACCCCUGGCCCAACGUCGAUGCCCACUCGGGUGUCCUCCUCUCCGCCUACGGUUUGACUGAGCAGGACUUCUACACCGUUCUCUUCGGUGUCUCCCGUGGUUUGGGAGUGUUGUCCCAGUUGAUCUGGGACCGUGCCUUGGGCAUGCCCUUGGAGCGCCCCAAGUCCUACUCGACCGCUGCCAUCAAGGCCAUGUACGCCAAGAAGUAAGCUGGCUCUCCCUUCUUUCAUUUCACAUAGACCCUCCCUUUCUUGUAGUUCCUCAUUUUUUUUCUGUGUUUAUAUUACUUGUUACCAUUACACUUCCUUCCACCACUCUCACGAGUUUCAUGAGAAAAAAAAAAGAAUCCCACAUCAACUAUCAUUCACCCAUUUGGGGGUCCCUGUUUCCUCUCCAUGGGACUCUGGAAUGGGCUUGCACAUACAAAAACCAAAACUUAAUCUAAUA